CUUGAUGGAUGUAUUAACCUAAAUUGAAGCUAUCUUUAAAAUACGGUGGCAAUGACCUAUGACCUUAUAGAUAAGGCAGUCAUUACUGUUCAGACAGAAACAUGGCGAAACUUGUGUACAUUUUAGGACAACUAUUUCUUAUAUGUAGCACUUUGAGCAACAAAUUUGAGCGGCAGACGUCUACAGGAUGUCCAAUAGAUUUUAUAAAACACGAAAAUUCCUGUUACCACAUCUUCGCUACACCCACUUUGAAAUGGUGGGAGGCUAUGGCAUACUGUGAAAUAUAUGGUGGCGGAGAGGGGACACUGGCUACCGUGGAGUCCGAGUCGGAACAGCUGUUUCUUGAAAAUGAACUGAAGAAAGCAUUCCCAAAUCCUGUUGGAAAAGACUUUUGGCUGGGGGCUAAUGACGUCACGCAUGAGGGCACGUGGGUUUGGAUAAAGAAAGACGAGUAUGUUCAAGAAUACACUCAUUGGGCACCGGGCGAGCCCAGCAGUCGUACAUCUGAAAAUUGCCUGGCAUUAUAUGAUGGCCUGCAGUAUAAAUGGAAUGAUGCGCCGUGCAAUCUACCAGAGGGCUUCAUUUGUGAACUCCCUUUGGAGCGACAGAUUCGAGCGGGAGACGUCUACAGGAUGUCCGAUAGAUUUUGUAAAACACGAAAGUUCCUGUUACCACAUCUUCGCUACACCCACUUUAAAAUGGUGGGAUGCUAUGGCAUAUUGUGGAAUAUAUGCGGACGGUGAAGGAUCACUUGCAAGUAUUGAGUCUGAGUCGGAACAGUUGUUCCUUGAGAAAGAACUGAAGACAAAAUACCCAAAUCCUGUUCAAAAGGACUUUUGGUUGGGAGCUAAUGACAUCACGCAUGAGGGCACGUGGGUUUGGAUAAAGAAAGACGAGUACGUGAAAAUGCAAAUGUACACUAAUUGGGCACCGGGCGAGCCGAACAGUGGGACAGGUGAA